AUGGGAGUUCAAAUUGGAGAAGGUAAACCCGAUGAUCAAGUCGAAGAAGAUAACCCUUGCAGUUCUACUUCGGCGUUUGACGAUUCUUUGAAGAAGAUUGAGUUGAAACCGCGGAAAGAUCAGAAACAGGACGUGUCCCACUUCUUACGCGGCAAGACAAAAUCCAUUUUGAGUCACCUUUCCAACGAAUUAGCAGAGAAAAGAGGCAUCAAAUGGUUCAUCAGUGUUAAAGUACGAUUCGUCAAACCUAAACCCAAUGGCGAGAGUCUGACUACCGAAUCCCACUUCCGCAGUCUCUGCAUGAAAACAGUAGACCAGCACGAACUGCAUAAUCAACUAGAGGAGGUCAAGCAGAAAAUUACCCAGUCACUAGUUUUAUUUCAAAGAGAAGGAAGUGGUUGGGUAUUAGACGAAAUCCUUCAUCUUGACCUGAGUAUAGCUCAGUAUACUCCAGUAAAAGGAUCCAGCUACAUCCCUCUUCCCAGCAAGAUAAACGCCAAGAAAGCAGUAAUCAACAUCAAGAAUUCUGAUAACAAAUGCUUCAUGUGGUCUGUCCUCGCCGCUCUUCAUCCAGUAAAACAGAGUGCAGAGAGAUUGCAUCAUUAUCAACAGUUUCAAGAUGAACUAGAUUUUGCUGGUAUUGAGUUUCCUGUUACUAUUGACAAGAUUGGAAAAUUUGAGCAUCAGAACAAUAUUUCCAUUAACGUGUUUGGCUUCGAAGACGUGCUUUUUCCAUUGUAUAUCACAAAAGAACACUUUAAUACCCAUGUGAAUCUGUUGUUAUACUCCCAGGGAGAGACUAGACAUUACUGUUUUAUAAAAGAUCUGAAUAAAUUCCUCUACAGUCAAAACCGUCACGAAUCUCGCAUGUUCUUUUGCCGGUAUUGUCUACAUGGAUUUAUCCGAGAGGACCUACUCCAAGAUCAUGAACCACACUGUUGCCAACACGGUCCACAGCGUAUUGAACUCCCUAAUCAAGAUAAUGCUCAACUGUUCUUUAAAGACUACCACAAGCAAUUGAAAGUGCCCUUUGCAAUCUACGCCGACUUCGAAAGUCUUACCACCAAGAUCAACUCAGUUAAUCCUAAUCCUGAAAAAUCCUCCACUGAAAAAUACCAACACCACCAACCUUGUGGAUUUUCCUACAUUGUUAUAUCCGACCAUGCGAAGUACUCCAAAUCACCCGUCGUGUAUCGCGGAGAAGAUGCAGUCGACGAAUUUUUGAAGUGUUUAGAAGAAGAGCAGAAAUAUAUUCAAGAGAAGCUGGAUUGGGUCGAGCCCAUGCGAAUUGAGAGAGAAGAAGAGCAAGCGUUUCAAGAUGCAGUCCAUUGUCAUAUUUGUGAAUAUGAAUUGGGUUCUGACCGUGUUCGUGACCAUUGUCAUCUUUCUGGAAAGUACCGCGGAGCUGCACACAACGAUUGCAAUUUGAACUAUAGUUUUAAUGGUCAAGUACCCGUUAUUCUUCACAAUCUACGCGGUUAUGACUCUCAUCUCAUCAUGCAAGGACUUGGUAAACUCAAAGACAAGAAGAUCAACUGCAUUCCAAACAACACCGAAAAGUACAUCUCCUUCUCCAUCGAUAAUCUGGAUUUUAUCGACUCCCUACAAUUUAUGAAUGCAUCGCUGGAGAAGUUAGUAUCCAAUCUAGCAAAGGAUGGUGUUGACAAGUUCCCCACUCUAAAGAAAUACAUCGACAGCGAUAAAACACCCCUUUUGCUGAGAAAAGGCGUCUACCCCUACGACUACAUGGAUUGUACAGAAAGAUUUGAAGAACCAACUUUACCACCGAAGGAAUCCUUCUACAACGUGUUGAACGACGAACAUAUUUCAGACGAAGAUUACGCACACGCGACGAAUGUAUUUAACAAGUUUUCCUGUCGGAACAUGGGUGAUUACCAUGAUUUGUACUUGACGUCGGACGUUCUUCUCCUUGCAGAUGUGUUUGAAAAUUUUCGAAGCGUGUGCCUCAAAGCCUACAACUUGGAUCCCUGCCAUUUCUACACAAGUCCUGGUCUAGCCUGGCAGGCGUGUUUGAAAAUGACUGAAGUCGAACUCGAGCUUCUAACUGAUCCAGACAUGUACUUAUUCAUCGAAGAAGGUCUUCGCGGGGGAAUUUCAAUGAUUAGCAACCGCUAUGGUAAAGCCAACAAUCCAUACGUUCCCGAUUAUGACCCAGAACAAGAGACCUCCUACGUUAUGUAUCUUGAUGCUAACAACCUCUAUGGCUGGGCUAUGUCGCAACCUCUACCCACAGGUGAAUUUGACUGGCUAACCGACCAAGAGAUUGCAGAACUUGACAUCAUAGACGUUGCGGACGAUGACGAUGAAGGCUACAUAUUGGAAGUAGACCUACACUACCCCUCCGAACUACACGAUCUUCACAACGAUUAUCCUCUAGCACCUGAGAAAAUGAAGAUUUCUUCAGAGAUGUUGUCACCGUACUGCCAAGACCUGUCGGAAUGUUUGCAACUUCGUGGUGGGGUUGUGUCUAAAUUGGUGCCGAAUCUCCGGAACAAGACCAAUUAUGUAGUCCAUUACCGCAAUUUAAAGCAAUACCUGGCACUUGGCAUGAAGUUGGCAAAGAUCCACCGCGUUUUGGUAUUCCAACAAAGCCCAUGGUUAAAGACCUACAUCGAUUUCAACACCGAGAAACGAAAACAUGCAGCAAACGACUUCGAGAAAGAUUUCUACAAGUUGAUGAAUAACUCGGUGUUCGGAAAAACCAUGGAAAAUUUGAGAAAGCGCGUCAACGUCAAGCUCGUCAACGAUAAGACGAAACUAUCGAAACUAACAGCAUCUCCAUCCUUUGACUACUUCCGCAUAUUCUCUGAAGAUUUAGCAGCUGUCAACAUGAAGAAGACGAAGCUUUACCUAAACCGUCCAAUCUACGUCGGAUUCACCAUCCUGGAUCUCUCCAAAGUACUCAUGUAUCAGUUUCAUUACGAGUACAUGAAACCCAAGUAUGAGUACAACGCAAAGUUGUUGUUCACAGACACAGAUAGCCUUUGUUACGAGAUAAAGACCGACGACGUUUAUCAAGACAUGUUGCAAGACAUCGAUCUCUUUGACACAUCCGAAUACGCACGAGACCAUCCACUGCACAGCCUGACGAACAAGAAAGUCCUUGGCAAAAUGAAAGAUGAAACGCAUGGCAUACCCAUCCAAGAGUUUGUGGGGUUGCGACCGAAGAUGUACUCCAUUCUCUAUACCGAAAACGACAAGCAAGUGGAGAAGAAAACGGCUAAAGGAAUAAAGAAGUCCGUCACCAAACGAAAGCUUCGGCACAUCAACUACAAGGAAUGUUUGUUUGAUAAGAAACGGACAAUGGCCAGCAUGAAUCAGAUUCGAAGUGAACGCCAUGAAAUCUACUCCAUUAAAUUAAACAAGAUUGGUCUUAGCCCUUAUGACGACAAACGCUAUAUUUUAAAGGAUGGAGUGAACACUCUUGCUUAUGGACAUUACCAAAUCAUAAGCACAGACGAGUGA